GUCGUCGUUGCCAGCUGGGAGUAAUGCGCACAGAUACUGCAUAGUGCCAGCCGGCAACCAGAGAAAUGGCGAAGCUAAUGCUGCGGCGAUGCUGAAGGGUGAGUAUUUGGCAACGUGCUUUCAUCGUCACAACAGACAUGCAAGCCUUCGCUGCGCCCACGACGCCUUCGGGACCUGUCGUAUCCAAGUGGACCUUCUCUCCCCUCAAGAAGAAGAUUGCCAGUGGGGUCGCCGCCGUCGCGGUCCUUGGCACGACAGCCGCCGUGAUCGGAUCGCAGUCGAACGGCCCGUUAGACUCGCACGUGGCGUCCACUGGCGCCGGGGCGUGCUCCGGUGUCGCAUACGAUUCGUAUCAGGCUGGCAGCGCCGACCAGCAUUUUGCUGUGAUCAAGUCCAAGUUUUCCAACGUCCGAACGUACCAAACUUUGGUGGAAGGCACGAGUCGCGGCUCCGUAAACCUCAUUGACGCCGGCGCCAAGGCAGGUCUUGGCAUGGCGUGCGGGCUGUGGAAUCGCAUGGGAGACGAAUUUUUCAAACGGGAUCUCGAGGCUCUUGUCGACGGCAUCAAGCGAAACCCGGGAACUUGUCAACAAGUAUACGUGGGAAACGAAGACUUGGUUUCCGGCUUCUCCAAGGCGACUCUCAUAUCGCGCAUUUGGGCCACCAAGUCGGCGCUCAAAGCCGCGGGCCUCAACGUGCCUGUCGGGACCGUCGAGACGGACGCCACGAUGAAGAGCUCGUCCAACGAAGACCUGGCCGCCGCCUGCGACGUGAUCGGCAUCAACGUGUACCCGUACUCGACUGAUGCCAACAUCGACCAAUUGAACACCCGAUUCAACGAGGUCGCGUCCAAGUACCCCGGUCGCGUGCACCUGACCGAAACUGGGUGGCCGUCGGAGGGCAACUACAAAGCCACGUUUGACAAAGCGAAAAAGUACUUUUUGGACUACCAGGAGUGGAAGAAAUCCAAUGGGGGCGAGUGCCCAUACUACUUUCAGUUUCACGACGUGAGUGUCAAGCACGGCGAUGAGUGCCAUUUUGGGCUGUCGGCAGACGGCGCCACGUGGAAGUUUGACGUGGCCCCGGCGCCGGCCACCCCCGCGCCAACCACCGCCGCCCCCAGCACCCCCGCACCCACCACUGCUGCCCCGACCACUGAAGCCCCGACCACCGCCCCCCCCACGACCGCGCCCCCUACCACCGCACCCCCCACCACACCCGUCGUCACCACGACCCCUCCUCCCCCCGAACCCACCACCACGAUCGAUGUGUACAACUCGACCAACGUCACCACGGUGGAGCAUUUGCUCAACACCACCAUCAACAGCACGGCGUCUGUCAUUUAUUCGGUGGACGCAGAAGCGACAGGCGAGCUGCCCACGGACGAGUCAGAAUCUUUGUCAAGCUUGCCCUCGAGUGUGAACGGAGCGGUGGCGUCCCCUGCUGCGGGGGCCAAAGCCCCCGCGAGUGGCAACGCUGACAAGGACACCCUUGUCAGCACUUCGUCCGGAGAUACGUCCGACAACACGGGCUCCAUCGUCGGUGGGAUCCUUGGAGGUGCCGUCGGGGUCGCCGCCGUCGCCGCCGUCAUCAUGUUUGCGAUCCGCAAUAGACGCAACAUGUCAGAAGAAAAAGAACGCGACUUUGACCAAGGCGACUUUUUUGUCGACAGCAACCGAGGCAGCCAGCUCACCAACUGGCAGCGUGAAGGCAGCGUUGCCGUGCUAUAAACCACAUGACAACAUUUCCGAGGUGGUGUGCCGCGAGUGUAGAAAAAUUUGUUUGAUUGGUUAAAUAUAAAGUUGCAUUGGUAGAUUCAGUAAUGGCCUUCGUUGACUUUAGGUUGGAAAUCGUAAUGCAAGUUCAUUAUUUUA